CCUCAAUUUUUCUCUUCCCCACCACCUAUUUGUGAAAUUGCCGCAUAUAGAGAGAGAGAGAGAGAGAGAGAGAGAGAGAGAGAGUUUUUUUAUUGGGGGGGAUCCAGCGCUGUCCUUGAAAACCACUUGCAGGGUUUCCCUGUGUUGGAAAUGAGGGAUGCUUUCGUGGCUGGCAAGGCUUGCGGAGUCGUGCUUGCGUCCGGUCCGUCGGUACGCCCGUAUGAGCAAGGAUGAUGAGGAUGACGUGCUGCUCUGGUCUCGAGACCUCGACCCGCAUUCACUUGGCGAGUUCUCGUAUGCCAUCGUCCAGGCCAAUGAGUCCAUUGAGGACCAUAGCCAGGUCGAGACAGGCCGCGAUGCCACCUUCGUUGGGGUCUAUGAUGGGCAUGGCGGGCCGGAUGCCUCCCGAUUCGUGUCUGAUCAUCUCUUCCUUAAUCUCAUGAGAUUGGCUCGAGAAAACAAAACAGUAUCUGAAGAUGUUCUUAGAAAUGCCUUCUCAGCUACUGAGGAUGCAUUUCUUGCUCAUGUGCGUAAAACACGCCAAACAAAACCAUUAAUUGCUGCUAUUGGUUCUUGUUGUUUGGUUGGAAUUAUCUGGGGAGGAAAAUUAUAUGUUGCCAAUGUGGGUGAUUCUCGAGUUGUAGUAGGUUGUUUGAGUAGGUCAAAUGACAUCAUUGCUGAGCAAUUGACGAGGGAUCAUAAUGCAAGUUUAGAGGAGGUUCGACAGGAACUCAGGUCUUCGCAUCCAGAUGAUUCCCAUAUUGUUGUGCUAAAGCAUGGGGUGUGGCGUAUCAAAGGCAUCAUUCAGGUUUCCAGAUCAAUAGGAGAUGCAUACUUGAAAGCACCAGAAUUUACUCUGGAUCCAUCUAUCUCACGUUUCCAUCUCUCUGAACCUCUUCGUCGGCCUGUACUGACGGCACAACCAUCUGUAUAUACGAGAGUAAUAUGCCCCCAAGAUAAGUUUUUGAUAUUUGCAUCUGAUGGCCUUUGGGAACAUGUGACGAAUCAAGAAGCAGCAGAAAUUGUGUACAAUUACCCACGAGCGGGAAUAGCCAGGAGACUUGUCAUAAAAGCUCUACAAGAGGCAGCUAGGAAGAGAGAAAUGAGAUAUGCAGACCUUAAGAAGGUUGAGAAGGGAAUCCGGCGCUUCUUCCAUGAUGAUAUAACUGUCAUUGUUAUCUUUAUAGAUCACGAGUUGCUGGGUAAAAACACCAGUCCAUCACAGUUAUCAGUACGUGGAUUUGUUGAUGCAGUUGGACCAUCGGAAUUUUCUGUCUUGGAAGGGGUCAGCAUGCAUUCCAAAUGAUCAGCCUGAUGCAGAAGCGGGGUCUUUAACUAAAUCCCCAGGUCCAGCUUCCACCCGCCUUCCUUUUUUUUUUGAGAGAGAGAGAUGAUCCAGCUUCCCCCUUGCUGUGCUAUUGCUACAUUUUGAAGGUUUCUGUCCCCACCUCUUCUAUUUCAGUCUCUUUUUAAUUUUUGAUGUUUUUCUUAUUCCUGCUGUUAAGUUGAACUGGACCCUGAUCUUCUUCUUCUUCUUCUUCUUCUUGUUUUAUAUUUAUUCUUAUUAUUUUUUUUCCACUUUUUUCUUUUUCAUGCCGUAAGUUGAACCAGACCCUGAUCCAAUACUGAUCGGUGCUCAUCUUCCAAUAAAAAUUUCUAUAUGCCCGUCUUUUUCCCCAUCUACGAGCAUGUGUAAUGGGUGUGUAUGCAAUUUUUUUCUUUUCUUUGGCAUGCUACUCGUAAAUCGUAAUACAUUGAGACCGUAAAAUGUUGGUCCAUGUAGUUCUUACUUUUGCACCCGAUCCAGCCAUUCAUAUGUUUCUGCAUGACUGAACGUUAAUUUCCCAAAGCAUCUUUCAUCAAUAUUCGGAUCAUGUUCUAAAUAUUGGCUUACUGAGUUGUUAGAUUGCAGAUAAAAGUUCCAUGAUCAUCAAUGUGCUGUGCUAAUCAUGUAUCAAAGGGCCCACUGUGCUGGUUGAAAUAGCGAUUGUAGGGUCAUAAUCCAGAUGGAUUAUGGUAUGCUGCUCCUGACAAACUGCAAAGAGAAGGCAUGAAUCUAGAUUGCUUGGGUAUAAUUAAUCUCCAAAUCACACC